AGAUGGUUCCCAUGGUAACUAACACCGCGCUCCUACUUGGCCAGCGGGGAGAACAAUGCCAGCCCCGCCAGCAGCACCUUGGAAGGUGGUACCCAGGCGCCCCCGAGCAACGGUCACCAUGGAGACAGUGGGAGACCGCCCCUCCCCCCCCGGAUUGGCUGCGCCAGCCUAGCAGCGGCGUAGAUUGGCUGGAGAGUCGCUUCAGGGCCAGGCCUUGGGAACCGCGGCCCGAGAACUGGUUGUCCCAGAACCCAGGUGUGAGGGCUUGUGGUACGAGAAGGGCGAGAUGAUCAGCCAAAAACCAAGCCAAUCCCUGGAAGUCAAGGUGCAGCCCAAGCUUGAACAGCUCUCCGAAACAGAGGGGAAACUGGAGAAGUUUUUUGACUCCUUGGUUGGCUCGGCCAUGAAGAAGGGAAAAGGUGUGCGGACCGAGUUGGCUAUAGCGGCCUCGGCCCCGGUGGAAGCAGAUGAAGAUCCUGAAGUUAACUUGUUUCCGCCGCCACUGCCCCAGCCCCGGAUCUGCAUGUGGAAAUACCUGGACAUCCAUUCCAUGCACCGGCUGGAGAAGACAGCCAGUGUGGAGGAGAUGAGAGAGGUGUUGGCUGAGCUGCUGGAGAUUGGCUGGCCUGAGCAGAGCUUGCGGGACGCCAUCACCCUGGACCUCUUCUCCCAUGCCCUCAUCUUCUGCCACCAACAGGGCUUCUCCCUGGAGCAGACAUCAGCAGCUUGUGCUCUGCUCCAGGACCUUCACAAGGCCUGUGUUGCAACCCCCUUGGGCAACGUGGAAGAAUGCUACCGCCACUUUAUCACUGCUCUUUUCUGCCACGGAAUCAGGCGGCCUCCCUUCAGCGUUGACCUCUUUAAGGAAGAACAGCUGCUGGCCCUGGCUGACUAUGUGGUCAACACCUACUUCCGCCACUUCAAGCUCUACAAAUACGUGUUCACGCCACAGGUGCGGCUGGAUCUGUCUUUGACGUACAUGGGGCUACAGGCACCCAAGCCCUGGCCAGAGGAGAAAGAAGGCCAGGAGGUGGAGGAGCAGACAGCUACCCAGCAGGAGGAAGAACCAGAAACAGGGAUCCAGCCAGAGCAAGAGCCAAGCCAGGUCUGUGUCCUCCGAACCUACAUCAAGACCCAAGUGAAUAAGGAGCUAGGGCAGCUCCAGCAGCUGGUGGAAGAGCAGCUCAAGGCCAGUGAGGAAAGGCUGAGCAGCAAGCUGACUGCCCUGGAGCGGCCUUCCCAGGCCCUUCCCAACAAAGGCAAGAACAAGACUAAGUGAUGCCCAGCAGUUUCGCCAAUAAAGCCAGAGCCAGAA